AUGGCCUCCUCCAAAUUCAUCGAAAUUCUAGACAACACCACCGAUCCCACCGCCCAGCAACACGAAAUGUCCUCCUCGGACGUCAAACUCGAAGACGUCCUCGCUGAUCACGAAGCCACCGUCCAACAGCGAUCUCGCUCAUCAACACAGUCAUCCUCAUCACGGAAGAGUCAUGAAUAUACCGCGAGCGCUGGCUACAAUCCGCGCCAGUCGAUGAGUCGAGACGACUCGCAGAGCCCGUCAUCAUCGGCCUCGUCGUCACCGUCAUCCUCAGCGACGUCGACGCCGGCUUCGCCGGUGCCGAAAUUGAGGAGAUUGAGAAAGUUCACGUUGAGCGGAGGCUUCGGGCGGUAA